AUGACUAUAGUAGGGGAUUAUGGGCAUCACGACAGGAAACAAUUGAAGAUUCGAGGAGGACAGUAUAUAAAGAAGGAAUCUGAAAAUGAUGAGGGACGAAAUAGAAAAACAAGUUGGCGUCAUUUUUUCAUCGUCUGCUCAGUACUAAUUUCCGCAUAUCUCAUUAACGGUGAAUAUGCUCAAACAGUAUGUAAUAUAUGUACCACCUUACCAGCUGCUGUUUUUACUUACGGACAACUUUCUGACCAUGCAACUCGAAUCUUUGCUUAUAAGGCAACACUUUUCUACUGGUCAAUUCAUGGAAUUUUGAUUGCAUUUGAUACCAUAUUUGUGGAUGCAUUUGGAUAUUUUUUCGGCAAAUUCAUUCUUCUUGUCGUACUAUUUUUCAAUGUCGUUUAUCAGCACGAUACUGCCAAAAAUCUUAUGGAACAGCAACAACGUCGUAACGCAAUUAGUAAUUCGAUAGUUAACACCAGAACACCUGCCGCUAUUUCGAGUUCACCUUAUGGAUCACAAAUUGGUGUCAAUACCGCAUUGACAAUUACCGAUGCUACGCAGCUUUCUGCUGAAAGCCCAUUCAAAAUUCAUCCAUUGCUAAAUUAUAAUAACCUAACAACGGCAUAUUCAUUGGCUCAUAGUCCAGAGAUGACCGCUUAUUUGGAUACCUCUUACACUCAUGAUGGAUCUUUAAAAACUGUCACUUCUACUGAAGAACAAUAUAAAUAUGGAAUAUAUAAACAUGCGCUAAAUGAUUCGUCAAUACUAUCAGAUUCCGACGAAGAAAAUGAUCGGUCAGAAAAUGAUCGAUCAGAAAAUGAUGCCGUAAAAUCGAUUCCUGCUGGCGAUUGCCAGAAAGAGGAUAACGAGGAAGAUGGUUCAUUGCAUUCCAGCGAAUAUUCAACAUCAGCGAUGGUAAUGAAAGAAAACGAAGAGACUCUUAUUACCAAUCCUGAUGAAUAUAUAGUAUUCAAACAUCCCUUUUCGGAAAUGGUUACAAUCUAUGUGAAAAACAAACAUAGUCGUCCAAUAAUGUGGGCUCUGAAGACUAAUGCAAUUAAGCGUAUGAUUGCACAGCCUACCUGUGGUACUUUGGGAAAAGACGCUACCGUACAUAUUAAAAUUGGAGUUACUGCAGUACCAUCUAAGGACUUAAAUAUGAAUGAUCGUGUUGCCAUUGAUUAUUGCCUAAUCGAUGAUGAUACGGUCGGUUUUGAUCGCUCAUUUUUAUACAACUCAGAGGAUCCAUUCCGUCGACGUAAAAAGUUUAAUGUUUAUUAUAAAAAUUAA